AUGCACAAAGCCAAGAUAUUUUAUUUUACUGUUUUUACUCUUGUUGUCUUUGCAUUUAUUUUUCAUGCUACUGCUAUGGGUCAUCAUCAUUGGAAAAAAGCAACCGCAAAGAUACCUGUUUCAGGUCGUUUCAUUGAGACAACUAUUGGGUUAUUCACACGAUGUAUACCUUCGGAAACGAAUCAAACAGAAACAUGUUUUCCUAAUAAGUAUCCUAUGAGCGAUAACUGUUAUAAUUGGACGGCAUGUCUACCAAGAAAUCCAAAUGAAGCUUGUCAAUGUGAUUUUUUACCAUCGACAAAAGGUAUUGCAGCAUGUACAAUAAUAGCUGCAGUUUUUCUUGGUCUUUCUAUUAUUAUUUUAUUUAUUCAUUCAAUAAAUACAUCAGAAACUUAUUCAAUAGGCGUAUGUCUUAGUUUCUUUCCAUUAAUUUUACUUUUAUUGGCAUUCAUAUUUAUACUUAUUGCAUUAAUUCUUGUUGGAAGUUAUUUAUCACGAGAUAUAAUGCAAACUUUUCGAACGCCAAACAACGUUAACAAUUUAGAUGAUCUUCGAAACUUAGCUGCAAACGCAUACGAAAUACGAAUUGAUUGGUCAACUGGAUUGGAAAUAAUUGCUUUAAUCUUAACAUUCUUCUCAUUGAUUCUUUAUGCUCUUUUUGUUUUUAAAAUUGGUCGAUCAUCAUAA